AAAUUCCAAUGAGGCAUAGCGUAGUUUCCACUACAUUCAAAAUAUUAUAUCUAUAAAAUUUAUCAAAGAAAUUAAGAAGCGUUAAUUUGGAGAUGAAGCAAGUCUCUUCCAAGCUUGUAUUGAUGAUUUCUCUUAUUGUCAGUGUCUUCCAUCUUGCAAAUGGAGCCGACGUGAAUCAUCAAGGGCAAUGUGAUUCAGACCUUGAGUGUUAUACCAUGCGUAGUUGUCAGAGAGGUCCAGGAUAUUGCGAUCAGAAAGACGGAAAGUGCAAGUGUCCAAAAUUACAAUCCGUGGAUACAAAUGGGGCGGACGUGAAUCAUCAAGGGCAAUGUGACUCAGAUCUUAAGUGUUACACCAUGCGUAGUUGUCAGAGAGGUCCAGGAUAUUGCGAUCAGAAAGACGGAAAGUGUAAGUGUCCUAAAUUACAAGUUGUGGAUACAAAUGGAGCGGGCGUGAAUCAUCAAGGGCAAUGUGACUCAGACCUUGAAUGUUAUACCAUGCGUAGUUGUCAGAGAGGUCCAGGAUAUUGCGAUCAGAAAGACGGAAAGUGUAAGUGUCCUAAAUAGAGAAACAAAUAAACAUGACAAGAACACAUAUGAGUCUUAUGUACCCGACUUAAACAUGGGCAAUUUGUAUCAAACUGCCCAAGUAUAAAAUAUGUAUCCCAAAAAUAAAUAAAUAUAUUAUUAAAAGACUA